AUGAAGGGCGUGGGUAAGGCGAAGAAGAACGCAUUCAUCGCGUUCCUACGCGAUGCCGUCUCGCGAGACGACGCGUUCGCCAACGCGCUCGCGACGACGACGAAGGAAUACAAUUCGUGGAGCAAACUCUGCCGGGAGCGAGGACGCAUCGACGCCGCGCACGCGGAUGCGCUGCGGCUGCUCGACAGCAAGGGACAUAUGUUGAACGUCAUCGACCGCGUGUGCGAGCGCGGUGAGGGAGAGAGCGAGGAAAACUUGGCGAAAGUGUCCGAGGCGUGGGAGAGCACCAAAAAAGUGCAACGAGGAAAAUUUGAGAAGAGCGGAGGGGCGCGGGGCGUCGCCGAGGCGCGUCUGCGCAAGAAAGAGGCCAAGGAGCGCAUCAACGCUACUCGAAAAGAGCGCGAAGCUCGGGAGAGCAGGGAUAAGGAGCUUAAGGCUGCGAGAGUGGAAUACGCGGCAAAGGUACACGAAGCGCGAAGCGCGGGCGCGUGCUUGGAUUGGUUGAACAUGGGAAGAUGUCGGUUCGCGGAGGACUGCCAGUUCACGCACGACUCGAUGUCCAAAGGUAUCUUGAAGCAGCUGGCGAUCACCGUCGGUGCGGAGACUGGAGACGUGAAGAAGGAGAGGAAUACGGCGGAAAAGGCUGAGCGCAAGGCGCGAGCGAUGGCAUUGAGAGGGGCGACCGGCGGCACCGACGGCGUUCAGGAUGACGUUAUCGGUGGUCAAACGUCUUCGAGCGACGACGAAGACGACGACGGAGACGAUGGCGUGCCCGGAUUUUUGAAGAUUGAACGCGCCAGACGCGCCGCGGAGGCGCUGUUAUCGACGAACAAGUCGAAAAAAGCUGAACCGUCGAGGCAAACGCAGAAAGCCAAGCAUUUCAACGAAAAACAGCUCGCAAGGAAGCAAACAUUUUUGAAAGAAGGGAAAAAUCAACCGCUCAUCAAGAGAGGGCUGAAGCGUGUCUCAGAAAGCGUUCACACGGUUCGGGAGAAGAAGAAAAAACCACGCCACGUCGACUCGGAGCGGAGGAAGAAACGCGUGGGCAAGGAGCGCACAUUCUUUGGCGACGUGUAG